GUUGGACAUAGUGAUCUUCGUUUGUCGUCAUGGCUACCAGUCUUGUUACCUUGGUUACUUUCCUAUUUGUCGGAGCUAUCUUUUGCCAAGCGCCACCGAAAAAUGAUACUUUAGCUACAACGGAUGUUUGUAUCGUCGUAGGAAAGGCGUUAGAGGAUGACGACUUCGGAAAUCUCAAGACACAAGAGAAUGGAGCCGAAAGAAAGAAGAGAAGCCUGUUAGGAUAUACUGGAUAUGCUCUUGGUGAUGGUUGUGGUGCUUUUCCCGCUGCUUCAAUCAAUUUCAUGAGAUGUUUCAAUCCUGGAAAUACGUACGUUGAAAGAAACCAAAUAGUCCACAAUUACUACCGAACUGGUACCUACGAUAAUUGCUUGAACUACUUCCGGGCACUACCUUUGACCGGUGUUGUCCCAGCUGCUACUGGAUACGUUGGACAUUUCACUCAUCAAACCAGAUCCUACACUGUCAAUACCUGUAACAACUGCUAUAAUGGUUACUCUGGAAUCUCAGUACGAUGUGACACUGCUCCUUACAACCACCUCGUCAGAAACUUCGUCUUCCAACCUGCUGUCCACUACAGUGGUUAUGCCUAUGGCAAUGGUUGCACUGGUGCCUGGUGUUAAAGUGAACUUUGACCUCGGACUGAUCAUGUAGUUAAAUUAUUGUAAAGUUAUAGAGUUCAGCUUUUAGUUUGGAGAUUAUCAAUGUGUACUAUUAAAUAAAGAAGCAUCAUUUGGAAAA